AACAUGAACAGGAACGAAUCGGCAUGGAUAACAAUAUCACAAGAAUUGGCCCUAAGCGUGACGCAUGCUAAGCAUCAUUGGAGGGCCCUGCUGGCUAACUUUCGAGUCUAUAAGGCAAAAGUUAAAAAGAGCCAGGUGACGGGGUCAGGACACGACGAAAUUUAUAGGCCACGUUGGUUCGCCUACGAGUCGAUGCUGUUCGUAACCGAAUCUUCGGAUGUGGUGCAGACAACGGACACAAUUGGACUAGCGCGACCAACAUCACACUCCCACAGUGCAAAGGCAAUGCAAUCGACGGUCACAUCACAAGUUCCCUGUUCUUCACAGAACAGCUCUCCGGUCUCUGCCUCUGCUGGCCAUUUUUCUGUCGGUAUCACUCCUGAUCUCUCGAACAACAUUUCAAAUAGCCCAUCGACAGAUUUAUUUACUCACUUACUUAAUUAUCCGGCUACAACCGCCGAGUG